UUAAAUCAAGAAAUUCCGACUUUCUCUCUCUUCAGUUGAAUUCAUUCAUUUCUCUGACUCACUCACUCCUCGUGCUUUUCACAUAUCUCACUCUCUCUCACUUUCUUUCUAAUUAGGGUUUUUCUCUCUCCAACUUUCUCUCUCUAAAAAGUCUACAUUGGAACCCAAAGUCCUCCAGCCGAACCUCUGAAAGAUCGACGCAAAAUCUCUUUGCAUUUGCAUUCCAAAUUUGGCGACAAUUCCAGCUCCAUUUCGCAUCAAUUUCGUUUAUGUUUCCAUUUCCAGCUCAGAACUUGGGCUCUUUUUAUUGCGCCGAACAAUGAGAAAGAUUUGCUGAGUUAUGGCGCUGAAGGUUCCGGCUUCGAGCGCUGCAGAGAUUGCAAUUGGUUCGAUAGGGAGGGGAUACGACAUCUCAACGGAUCUACGGCUCAAGUACUGCAAAGGAGGAGACUCCUCUGAUUCGCGUUUGAUCGAGAUUGAUGAAGACGAUGGCCGCGAAAUCGUUUUGCCCGGUGGAAUUACAAUCUCGAAUGUUUCUAAAUCCAUCAAAUGUGAUAAAGGCGAGCGAACGCGGUUUAGGUCCGAUGUUCUCUCUUUCCAACAGAUGUCAGAGCAGUUCAACCAGGAAAUUUCUUUGACUGGAAAAAUUCCUUCGGGCCUCUUCAAUGCAAUGUUUGAUUUCUCAGGUUGUUGGCAGAAAGAUGCAGCCAACAAUAAGACCCUUGCUUUUGAUGGGGUGUUCAUCACGCUAUACACUGUUGCAUUGGAAAAGUCUCAGAUGGUACUACGUGAUCACGUUAAGAAAGCCGUCCCAUCCUCGUGGGAACCCGCUGCAUUAGCAAGGUUUAUUGAAACGUUUGGGACCCACAUUAUUGUUGGUGUGAAAAUGGGAGGGAAGGAUAUUAUAUACAUGAAGCAGCAGCACUCAUCAAAUCUUCAACCUGCCGAUGUACAGAAAAAAUUAAAGGAUAUGGCUGACAAAAGGUUCUUAGAUGCCAAUGGCCAGUAUAGUUCAUCCUCUCAACAAGUUUACAAAAAUGACAAGUUUGAAAUCAGGGAGCAGCAACUACGGUUUGUAGACACUAGUCCUUCAAGUUCUUAUUCACACAAGGAGGAUAUUGUAACGAUUUGCAAGAGGAGAGGUGGAAGUGAUGUUAGAAACCUAUCGCACCAUGAAUGGUUGCAAACUGUUCAAAGUGAACCUGAUGUGAUCUCAAUGUCCUUUAUCCCAAUUACCUCUCUGUUGAAUGGAGUCCCAGGAAGUGGAUUCUUAAGCCAUGCCAUAAAUCUUUACUUACGAUAUAAACCACCAAUUGAAGAGCUCCAUCAGUUUUUGGAGUUUCAGCUACCAAGACAGUGGGCCCCAGUGUUCAGUGAACUUCCCCUUGGUCCACAGAGAAAGCAACAAAGCAAUGCAUCUCUACAAUUUAGCUUCAUGGGUCCCAAGCUUUAUGUGAACACUAUUCCUGUUGACGUGGGUAAGAGGCCAGUGACUGGUCUCCGGCUAUAUCUAGAAGGUAAGAGAAGCAACCGCUUAGCUAUCCACCUACAGCAUUUGUCCUCUCUCCCCAAAGUCUUCCAACUCGACGACGAUCCUGACGGCAACUUCCGCCGUGAAUCCUACGACCGUAAAUACUAUGAGAAAGUACAAUGGAAGAAUUUCUCUCAUGUUUGCACCGCUCCAGUGGAGUCCGAUGAGGAUCUCUCAAUAGUAACCGGAGCCCAGUUACAGGUUGAGAAUUAUGGCAUAAAAAAUAUCUUAUUCUUGCGACUCCGCUUCUCUAGAGUUUCAGGAGCUGCAGUCGUAAAGCAUCCCGAGUGGGAUGGAUCACCGGGAUUGGCACCCAAGUCUGGAUUGAUAUCGACACUAAUCAGCCAUCACUUCACAAUGGUUCAGAAGCCCCCUCCAAGGCCAGCAGAUGUAAACAUAAACUCCGCGGUCUACCCCGGAGGUCCUCCUGUCCCCGUCCAAGCGCCAAAACUUCUGAAAUUCGUAGACACCACAGAGAUGACAAGAGGGCCACAGGACAAUCCAGGUUAUUGGGUUGUCUCUGGGGCAAGACUAGUUGUUGAAAAAGGAAGAAUAUCACUGAGGGUUAAGUAUUCUUUAUUGACUGUAAUAUUACCUGAUGAAGAAGUGUUGGAGGAUCAUUAGGUCUUAGACUAAUGUUUUUUUGGUUAAGAAAAAAAAAAGAUCAAUUUUUUUUUUUAAACCUCUAGUGAUAUAUUAUGUAUGUAUAGAUAAAGAACACAAAACGUACAAAGGAAACAAACAUGGAGACAGAAAAAGACAACAAAGAGGAGAAAAGGGGGCCCUCAUGUGAAAACGUUUUUCCUCGUUCUCACAUGUGGUGUCAACUAUUAUUGUGUUGUCGGUUUUGGUGGUGGUGUGUUACGUGUAACAUCUUUUUUCAUGUCAAAAUGACCUAUGAAAGCUCGAGUUGUUCGAGUUAGGGGCCUUAGUGGGUUAUUGGAUGGAGCCUCCUAGUCCUAGUAUAGCUUGCACAAAGUGGCUUCUCAUGUUUACUUGUGAACA